GAAUAAUUAUUUGUGCCCUUAUUUCCCUCGCCUUGGACUGCGCAAUGAAUAGUCGCGCGGCCAACCAAAGAAACCCAGGACAACAUCGAAACGCCGGAAUAUGUAGACACAGAAUCCGCGGAGACACAACCCCCGGUCAGGGUUGGGUCCGUGGGCCAGCAUUUGCCGAACAUCUCCUCGCCAUAGCAUCGGGGUUCAGAUCUGUCCACAGUGUGUGUCUCCUCACAGGCAAAAGAGCUCCAUUCUGAAGCGUUGGGGGCUCAUAGCAGGGGCUCAUUUCCUGAGGCUUUAGAAGGGGGAGCUCCCGGGACUCUCAAUCAAUCACAGGCAGCGAGCGGCGAGCGGCGAGCAGCGAGUGAGCGAGCCAGGGACUGACUUGACCGAUCGACUGACUGCGAGCAGCCGAGCGCGAGUCGGAAUCGAUCGAUCGAUCGAGUGAGCGAGCGGGCGGGCAAGCGAGCAAUCAGCCAUGCCUGCCGUGACGGGGGACCGAUUGGUGACCUUCGAGGACCAGGAGGAUGAGAACGAUUACGGAUGGGUGCGCAAGGUGUCGGGCCCCGUGGUGGUGGCUGAGGGCAUGGGGGGCGCAGCCAUGUACGAGCUGGUGCGAGUGGGGCACGACAAGCUGAUCGGCGAGAUCAUCCGGCUCGAGGGCGACUCGGCCACCAUCCAGGUGUACGAGGAGACGGCCGGGCUCAUGGUGAACGACCCGGUGCUGCGCACGCGCAAGCCGUUGUCGGUCGAGCUCGGUCCGGGCAUUCUCGAGAACAUCUUCGACGGGAUCCAGCGCCCGCUCAAGGCCAUCGCGCGCAUGUGCAAGGACGUCUACAUCCCCAGGGGCGUGGCAGUGCCGGCGCUCGACCGAUCCAAGCUCUGGGAAUGGACCCCCCGCCACAUCGACACCGGCGACAAUGUGACGGGCGGCGAUCUCUACGGUACGGUGUUCGAGAACUCGCUCAUCGAGCACCACAUCGGCGUCGUGCCCGGCGCCAUGGGCACGGUCACCUACGUGGCGCCCCCCGGCCAGUACUCGAUCACGGACGAGAUCCUCGAGCUCGAGUUCAACGGGCGCAAGAAGAAGUUCACCAUGCUGCAGACGUGGCCGGUGCGCACGCCCAGACCGUCCGCCACGAAGCUGCCCGCCGAUACGCCGCUGCUGACCGGGCAGCGCGUGCUGGACGCGCUCUUCCCGUCCGUGCUCGGGGGCACCUGCGCCAUCCCUGGCGCCUUCGGGUGCGGCAAGACGGUCAUCAGUCAGGCGCUGUCCAAGUACUCGAACUCGCACGGCGUCGUGUACGUCGGGUGCGGCGAGCGUGGUAACGAGAUGGCGGAGGUGCUCAUGGACUUCCCGCAGUUGACCAUGACGCUGCCCGACGGCCGCGAGGAGUCCGUCAUGAAGCGUACCACGUUGGUCGCCAACACCUCCAACAUGCCCGUGGCCGCGCGUGAGGCCUCCAUCUACACCGGCAUCACGCUGGCCGAGUACUUCCGCGACAUGGGCUACAACGUGAGCAUGAUGGCCGACUCCACCUCGCGGUGGGCCGAGGCGCUGCGAGAGAUCUCCGGCCGGCUCGCCGAGAUGCCGGCCGACUCCGGCUACCCGGCCUACCUGGCCGCGCGCCUGGCCUCCUUCUACGAGCGCGCCGGUAAGGUCAAGUGCCUCGGGAGCCCCGACAGGACCGGCAGUGUCACCAUCGUCGGCGCCGUGUCGCCGCCCGGAGGAGACUUCUCCGACCCAGUCACGGCGGCCACCCUCGGUAUCGUGCAGGUGUUCUGGGGGCUCGACAAGAAGCUGGCGCAGCGCAAGCACUUCCCGUCGGUGAAUUGGCUCAUCUCCUACUCCAAGUACACAAAUUCGCUCACGGGAUUCUACGAAGGAUUCGACCCAGAUUUCAUCUCCAUCCGAACGAAGGCCCGCGAGAUUCUGCAGCGCGAGGACGAUCUGAACGAAAUCGUGCAGCUGGUGGGCAAGGAUGCGCUGGCCGAGUCGGACAAGAUCACGCUCGAGGUGGCCAAGCUGCUGCGCGAGGACUACCUGGCGCAGAACGCCUUCACGCCCUACGACAAGUUCUGCCCCUUCUACAAGUCCGUGUGGAUGAUGCGCAACAUGAUCCACUUCGGCACGCUGGCGCUGCAGGCCGUGGAGCGCGCGGCCGGCCCCGACGGCCAGAAGGUCACUUACAACAUCAUCAAGCAGCGGCUGGGCGACAUCAUCUACCGCCUCGCCUCGCAGAAGUUCGAGGACCCCGCCGACGGCGAGGACGCGCUCACCGGCACCUUCAAGACCUUGUUCAACGACAUGGUCGCCGCCUUCCGGAACCUCGAGGAAGAGUACCGGUAAGCGCAGCGCUCUGAAUAAGCUUGCCAUCCGUGUUGGGCCCGGGCGCCGCUCCCAUCCAUGAUCCAGAGAUUGCCUCGCGCUCCAGGUCGAAGCCAGACAUUCUGAUAAUUUUGAAUAAAGUGGGUUGCGUGCCCCGCCAUAGUUUUGUUGUGCGGAUCAGUAGUUGCCCUCCGGGGCGCUUGCCGUCUGCGGCCGACCCGCCGAGUCGCCUGCCAGUGCGGUUUUGAGUGGAGUGGAGAUCAGAAAAUUGUAGACAGAUUCGGGGAAGUAGCUGCCAUAAUUCGAUUCCGGUGUACAUUCUCAUUGGGGCCCUUCCUUCGAUCCACUGAUUCGUGAGUCGGAGUGCAAGGGGACUAUUGUUACCUCGUCUCAUUCAGUAAAUUAUGUAAAUGUUUUUGAAUACCAC